AUGACCGCUCAUUCAAAAGCAAUUGUUUGCGCAUUCUUCAACAGCAUUCGCUUUCUUUUCAACAGUCAAGAUAUUUCGCCCGUAGGCAGAAGGCACAACACGCCUCGUUUUACCGAUUCAUCUCAUCAUCAAAUUUCAUUUAAUUUCACCUUGAAGACCAAAUCAUUAAUCACAAAUUUCUAG